AACGAUUAAAGGGCCUCCGACAUUGUGAAUAAUAUAUUUGGACUGACUAAAUUAACUCACAAUGUUAUUAUCAUAUGCCGGCAUACAUGGAAGUAAAGCCCCUGUGCGUGCUGUCGAAUACAACACCGACGGGCGAACGGCUCUGUCCCCUUCCUAAUUUCAAUUCUAUAGUAACGGACAGUCCCACGUGGCGCCAAAACAUAUGUCCACUUGUCUGUCAGUAUUAUCACAAUCAAGCGUUGUAUGUUUAACAAUCCCCCGAAAUGGAAGCCCGCUUAGUAGAACAUUUGAAAAGGAGACAAGUCCGGCGACAAACCGAAACUCAUAGUUACCACAAUUCUAGGAACAAUCUUUGAUUCGAUCUCCCUAGAAUAUACGAGAAGCUCUUGAUUCUCAUCCACAACUUCGAACAAGAAUACGGGAGGUCACACAUCCACAUUCCUUCCUUUCUGCUCUGUUCUAUGUAAAAUUUUUUACGCUCCUCUAUGUUUCCACGUGUACUUUAACCCCAACUUUUCGCUGGAUAUUUGAACGAAUAAACUUGACAAAUUCUAAAUCCAAGUUUGUUGCACUUUGGAUAAGUUUUUACGGUGUUCACCUAUCAUAUUAAUCUUAUUAUUAGCUAACAAUGUCUUAAUGAUUAAUUUAUUAGUUAAUAUUUUUUAUUAUCAUUAUAUCCCUUUAUUUAUUUUUGGGGCAAAGAAGUUAAUUUUGUUUAAAGAGAUAAAUUUUAUAAUGGAAAUUAGGUUUGGUGCAAUAACUGUGUUAAAUCUUACCAUGUAGUAAGGAUUUAGAGUGCGAAAGAAAAAGAGAGCUAUGGGCAGCUGUAGAACUGAAGCUGUUUGUGAAGCAUGUUGCCGUCCUUGUUGAGUAGGCGCUCAUUGGAGGCUGAUUCCAGGGACUGCUAUGGAUUUGCUCUGAGACCUCAGCUUGUCCAAAGAUAUAUAGAAUACACCAAAAUCUAUAAGGAAGAGGAAGAGAAAAGAUCACAAAAAUGGAAGAAUUUCAUUGAACACCAAGAAGCUUCUCAACCAAACUCUCCUGAGAAGAAACACAAGGAGUCGUUACGUGCUGAAGCCACUAAGUUGAAUGAUGAGACAGUUCCAUUGAAGAGUAAAGGGAACAAAGCUGAAACUACUGACCAGAAUGAUACAACUGCGCCAGAGGUAGACAACCAAGGGAACAAGGCUGAAGCUACUAAGCUGAUAGAGGACACUAUAUCAAGGAGUGGAAAUGAAGUGGAGAAGGGUGAAGACAAUAAGUUGAAAGAGGAAAAUUUUCCUGAGAAGUAGGAGAGAGAACCAGUGUGAAAAUACCGAGAUUGUAUUAGAGAGGGGCAUAGAAGUAGACAAUGCUGGGGCUGUUGAGUUGAAUGAAGAGACUGUUUCAGAGAAGAGUGUGGAAUUCGAUGAUAACGCUGGAGCUACUGAUUUGAAAGUGGAUACUGUUUCAGAGAAGGGUGUGAAAGUAGACGAGGAUAAAGCUACUGAGUUGAAAAAAGAGACUGUUUCAAAGAGAGGUAGGGAAGGGGAUGCUUCAAGUAGGAAGUAUGAUUUUGAGGGUUCAAGUUCAACUAAACUUGACUCCAAAAAGGAGCAACUUUCAAAAGAAACAAAGCCCGAUGAUGUCCAAAUAUGGGCUCAGAUUAGACCAUCCCUAUCAUCCAUUGAGAGUGUGAUGAGCUUUUGUGUAAAGAGAAGAAAGGAGAUGAAGGUUGAGCAGAUAACCAAAAGUAAACACCAUCUUCCAUCAAUAAAUGAAGCAGGAUCUUUGGAAGAGGAGUCUGAGGAGGGCAGUAAGGAAAAAGUCCGUGUUACUGAGAUGCCAAAUGAGACUGUAAAUGCCUGCUAUGAGAAAGGUACUCUACAAAAUGAUAUCUUACCCAUGCCAUACUUUCCUUGGAAAGAAGAACUGGAAUUCCUUGUUCUUGGGGGAGUGCCGAAGGAUCUAAAGGGAGAGGUGAGGUUGAAAGUGUUCAGUUUUUUGAAGUUAAUAUUUUUAUGUUGGCGAAAAGAUCCCUCACUCCAGUUUUGCCAAUGAAGGAACUCUCACCUACUGUUUGCAAGCAAUGCUACAGGAACUAUUUGAUACCUCAAUGAUGUGUUAUUAUAUGAGUAAAAAUUAUUUUAUUUUUAAUUUAAAAUCAUCAUAUCAGACACAUCAUCUAAAUGUCCAAUUAGAUAUUCAAAACUGUGUACGUAUAGUUUUAUUAAUUGGUUGCAAACAUCGAAAUUUUUGAAGUUAGCUCUUCCAAUGAGAAGCAUAAUUUUCAAAUCACAGAAUCAAGAGGAAAGAAAACGAGAGAAAUGAUGUAACAGAAGCUUUUAUGUCAAACUCCUGCCAAAGUCCAUGAUUUGACAUACACGCGGAUUGACUUCAAUUCUUGGCUAAGUGAUCAGUAGGAAAGCUUAUUAUGGCAUCAAGCACUCCAAAACUGCCUGAAAAUGGUAUGAAACUGCCUGAAAUUGUAUGAUACUUCCAGUAAAUAGG